AUGGGAAGCUUACCACCGCCGCCUGUCUACGACUACGUCGCUCGCACCGUCAACACCAACGACACCACCUCGCUCGUCGUCGCGCAGCUGCUCUUCCUCAAGUCUGAGAACCCGCUCAAGUCUGUCCACCUCUACAUCAACUCCCCGAGGGGCGUCGUCACCGCCGGCCACGCCACCUACGACACCAUGCAGUACAUCCGCGGCCCCGUCACCACGCUCUGCAUCGGCCAGGCCGCCUCCAGGGGCUCGCUCCUCCUCGCGGCCGAAGCACCCGGCGAGAGGCGCGUCCUGCCCAACGCCAGGGUCAUGAUCCACCAGCCCUCGGGUGGCGCACAGGGGCAGGCCACUGACAGCGCCAUCCAGGCCAAGGAGAUCCUCAAGAUGCGCGACCGCCUCAACAAGAGCUACCAGAAGAACACGCGCUAGCCCAUCGAUAAG